AUGGCUCGAUUUGAGCUGGUAAAUGGUUCACAUUUCGAAGCUACAGCGAGCGGUAAAGAGCCCCAUCGAUCAUUUCCCCUGGGCUUGAUUUGGCACAGUACGGCUCGACCGACUUUUCACUGGGUGUCAAGACUCAGCGCAGAAAGCCUGCUGGUAAUGAGUAGCCCGAGGUAUGCAGUGAUCCAGGCUCGGCUACUAGCAACUAUUGUGCCACAAAAGGGUAACUCGUGUUGCGGCAAAAUUGGACUUGCGAACAAUAAUGCAGAUGGCAUAGUCAUAGAACGUGUCAUCAGCCGUGCAGAUCUUUUGGAGGUAGCACCGGACCGCGAAGAUGCCCUCAUAAGCCAUGCCACCACUGAAGAACUGCGCGAGACACUCGAGCUUCGUUCCACGUCCCCGCAUGCUCGGUCUCUGCAUAUCUAUCAGAGCCAUGAUUCAAGCAUGAAGCUUCCCAAGGCUUCUGUUCGUACAUCUGUCUUUCUCAACGCCGGCCCCUCUGUAUCAGACACCAGUGGGACCUCAUUGACCGAAAACUAUCGGCGACGCGUCUUAUCUGCAGAUACGGGCCCAACGAAUGUUCUCAAGGAUAUUCGAAACCGCCUCGUCACGGACAUCAAAGGAAACGUAACAUUAUGCGAUCCAUGGAACCUUAGACUAAGCACUCAAGACAAACUGAUAUCCCCUCGACCCCUGGGACCGACUCACAUACUUGUCAUUGUCGAUGCUUCUGAAGUUUCCGAAACCACGUCUCAAAAACGCACCGUACGAGCCCGCUCCAUCGAAAUGCCGAUUAACGAUCUACUGUUCAAACUGAACAUGCCUAACUUGUCAAACGAACCCAAGCUUCCACCUCGUAUGCAUCAGGAACUUCCCCGGGUCGGUAUCCGAGUUCCCCACAUCGAGACAUUUCUUAUCCUUGUGAUCUUUUUGCACACGCGCAACCGGAUCGAACUGAUGCGUUCCGUCCUUCCAGAGUGGAUCAGAGAUAUCUUACGGCAAAGGUUGACCGGAUCCCGGCCUGCUGUCCCUGCGCCGGUCGAGCUGAAGGAAAAGAAAAGGGGAAAAAUAUUCGGUAUCUUGAGCCUUGGCUCUCUGUCCACGGAAAGUGUCACGUUGUCUGCCCCUGCGGAGUCUGGCUCUGAGCGACUAUUUAAUGAAGUGGCUAAGGAGAUUGCAGAAGCAUCGCGAGACGGCGAGGCAUUCGGGCAUGAUCUUGUGGGGGCUACAACGACGCUCAAUGCAUUACGCGAUAACUUAACGUUUAUCGGGUUUUAUGAGAAGGCGCUGUGGGCGGAACUGGAAGACUAUAGCAAUGUUUUAGCUCGUGCCAUCACCCUCACCUCCGAGUCCAAGGAAAACCCUCAAUCAGCUCUCGUUAUCGCAGGACUUGACGAAAAAAUCUAG